GGUUGGGGUAUUCCAUAAUGCGGAGUCGUGGGGUAUUUUCCAUUUACUAUAUUAGCCACUUCACAUCCCUUCGAAAAUAAAAUCUUAUUGUCAUUGCCAGUCAAUGGAUUCCUCUCUUCGCCUCCUACUCAAUUGAUUUCUCACCUCUCGCCUCCUCCCUCCAGAGCCCGCAGCCAUGGGCCACCAAAUAGAGAAAUGGAAUAUUGCCCAUUCCUUCGAGAAGGGCAAGCUCCUGAUCGCCAUCAACUGUCUUGCCGCCCUGUCCAUCUUCUUCUUUGGUUAUGACCAAGGUAUGAUGGGCGGAGUGAACAACUCCAAGGACUACAUCGACACCAUGGGCUUCGGCUACACUGAAGUCAUCAACGGACAGAACACCCCCGUCGUCACAAACGGCUUGCUCCAAGGCGGCAUCGUCGCGGUCUACUACCUUGGCACGCUGGUCGGCGCCCUCCUGGGAGGCUGGACCGGAGACAAGGUUGGCAGAAUCAAGACUAUUGCAUUUGGAGCCACCUGGGCCAUCUUUGGCGCCGCCCUGCAGUGUUCGGCCCAGAACCACACCUGGAUGAUUUUCGCUCGUCUGAUUAACGGUGUCGGAACCGGUAUCCUGAACGCCAUCGUCCCCGUCUGGGCAACUGAGACCGCCGAGCACACCAGCCGUGGACAGUUCAUCGCCAUUGAGUUCACCCUCAACAUCUUCGGUGUCGUCGUAGCAUACUGGCUCGAAUUCGGCCUCUCCUUCAUCGACAACGGCAACGCAGCAAUCAUCUGGCGCUUCCCCAUCGCCUUCCAGAUCCUCCCCCUCCUCAUCCUCCUAGGAGCCUGCUGGUUCUUCCCCGAGUCCCCGAGAUGGCUCGUCAAGAUGGGUCGUGAGGAUGAGGCGCGCUGGCUCCUGGGCCGUCUCCGUGGUAACAGCGAGGAGGAUACUAUCAGGGCCGAGGCCGAGUUCCAGGAUAUUCGCAACUCCAUGGCUAUCGAGCUCAACAAUAAGAAGACUACGUCGGACAGCUACUUCAACAUCGUCACUGGCCGUGGGUUUGGAAAGUUGCACGUUGGACGCCGUGUUCAGUUGGUUAUUUGGCUGCAGAUUAUGCAGGAGUGGGUUGGUAUUGCUGGUGUUACAGUUUAUGCCCCAACCAUCUUCCGUAUGGCCGGUUUUGAUGCUCGCAAGAGUCAGUGGAUUUCGGGUCUCAACAAUAUCUUCUACAUGUUUGCAACUCUCGUCUGUGUCUUCACCCUCGACCGCAUCGGCCGCCGCAAGACCCUCUACUGGGGUUCCAUUGUCCAAGGUAUUGCCAUGUUACUCGCCGGCGGAUUCUCCGCCAUCGGUCUCGAAGCUGCCACCGCAGGCAACACUGGCAGAGCAUCGGCUUUCGGCGCCGCAGGAGCUAGUAUGGUGUUCAUAUUCACCUCGACUUUUGGUGCUACCUGGUUGACCGUCCCUUGGCUCUACCCCGCUGAGAUCUUCCCCCUUGCCAUCCGCGCCAAGGGUAACGCACUCGGUGUUGUUGGAUGGUCCAUCGGUAACGGAUGGCUGACCCUCCUAUGCCCCGUCAUGUUCGAGGCCAUCGGAGAGAAGACCCUGUACAUCUUCGGUAUCGCAAACGCUAUUACUUUGCCUAUGGUUUGGGCCCUCUACCCCGAGUCCAACCAGCGCACGCUCGAGCAGAUGGAUCUCCUCUUCUCUGCCGACUCCCCGUGGAACUGGGACGCGGAGAAGAACUUCAAGAAGCUCAUGGAUGAGGGUGGUUUGUCGACGGCGGCUCACGUGCCCAAGUCGGACUCCGCGGUUCUUGAUGGUGGCGAGAAGGGUGUCGGAUCGGAUAGUGCUUGAGUACUCCAGGAAACGGUGUAUGCCUUAUGUGUUAGUAGAUCUUAGAUCAUAGAUCGUAGAUCGUGUAAACUUCUAAUAAUAG